AUGGCCACCGCCACGAGCACUUCGCCUGCUACGCGCUCCUCGACCCUGGCCGACCACCCCAGCCUCCAGCCCGCCUUUCACCUCACCAUCAUCAUCGGUCCUGCCACGCCCGUCGGCUCGCUCUCUCGCGGCACGCCAUUGACCGUCGUCCCACUCAUUUCCGGCACCUUUGUGAGUGAACCAGGCUUUCCUGUCAGAGUGGAUGCGAGGUUGAAAGGCCCGGGCGUGGAUUAUGUGCAUAAUGAUCCCGAUGGAGGGCGGAUGCGGCUGCGGAGUGAUUUGGUUGUUGGGUGA